AAGAACUGUAGCUAGACUGAGGUAAUGCAAGCUAUUCCUGCAAAAAUACAUCUUUUUGGCCCAUUUACCAAUGGCAGCUUCAGGUUUGGGGACAUUGCAGGAAGUUGCAGCUUUUCAAUUUCACAGGAACGCAUAGAAGCAACCCAGUGGACAGGCUGCUGUAUUUAUUGUCUCCGGCUGCUGGCCAGCUGCCUGCCAGGGACCAGAACGUGGAGGUGGCUCGGAGCUCUGCAGCAGCAGCAGCAGCCCCGAGCAGCGGCACCGGCAGCAGCAGCAGCGAUCCGAGCAGCAGCGGCAGCAGCCCCGGCCGGCCCCGGUCCCGCGCAGCGCCGCUCCCUCGGCCCCCGGGGCUCGGCGAUCCCGCUCCAUCCCGGCCGCAGCCCCGCAGGAACGUCUCCCGCCAGCAUGAUCAAGGGCUGCCAGAAUGAGUACACGGGUGAAACAGGAAAGCAAAUGACUGAAUCUUUCAAGGCUUCCGACUUGAUUAUCACCCCAGCUACGACGUUCAAGGAGAAACCAGACCCCACUGGGCUGGUAUUUGGAACUGUGUUCACUGAUAACAUGCUGACAAUUGAAUGGUCCUUGGAUUCAGGCUGGGAGAAACCCUGUAUUAGGCCUCUGGAGAACCUCUCCUUACAUCCAGCCUCCUCAGCCCUGCAUUAUGCUGUGGAACUCUUCGAGGGGAUGAAGGCCUACCGAGGAGUGGACGGCAAGAUCCGCCUGUUCCGGCCGGCCCUCAACAUGGACAGGAUGGCACGGUCAGCACUGAGGACAACCCUGCCAUCUUUUGACCAGAAGGAGCUGUUGGAGUGCAUCCGUAAGCUGGUGGAAGUGGAGCAGGAGUGGGUGCCCUACUCAACCUCUGCCAGCCUCUAUAUCCGUCCUACCCUCGUUGGAACUGAGCCUUCCCUUGGAGUGAAGAAGCCGACCAAAGCCCUGCUGUAUGUCAUUCUGAGCCCUGUGGGCCCUUACUUUGCAAGUGGAAGCUUUAAUCCAAUAUCCUUGUGGGCAGAUCCAAAAUACGUGAGAGCGUGGAAAGGGGGAACAGGAGACUGCAAAGUGGGAGGGAAUUAUGGUUCUUCUAUUUAUGCCCAGCAAGAAGCCCUGGAGUUUGGCUGCCAGCAGGUUUUGUGGCUCUAUGGAGAAGAUCACCAAAUAACUGAAGUUGGAACGAUGAAUCUGUUUCUGUACUGGAUAAAUGAAGAUGGAGAAAAUGAGCUGGCAACGCCACCUUUAGAUGGCAUCAUCCUUCCAGGAGUGACAAGGCAGAGCAUUUUGGAUCUGGCACGCAGCUGGGGAGAAUUCAAAGUGUCUGAGCGAUACAUCACCAUGAGUGACCUGACAGCUGCCUUGGAAGAGAGCAGAGUAAAGGAGAUGUUUGGUGCUGGAACAGCUUGCAUUGUAUGUCCCAUCUCUAAAAUUUUAUAUCAGGGCAAGCACUUGCACAUCCCAACCAUGGAGAAUGGGCCUGAAGUAACAACCCGUUUCCUGAAUAAGCUAACUGAUAUCCAGUAUGGAAGAGAAGACAGCGACUGGGCAGUGCUGGUGUCAUGAAGGUGGCAGAGUUCAGAGC